AUGUUUAUGAAGAAACUUCACUUGGAAAUGUUGGCAGACCAGCCACGAACAACUAAAUACCACAAUGUUAUCCUGCAGAAUAAAGAAUCCCUGAAAGAUAAAGUGAUUCUGGACGUGGGCUGUGGCACUGGGAUUAUCAGCCUCUUCUGUGCACAUUAUGCACAGCCCAAAGCCGUGUAUGCGGUGGAGGCCAGUGAGAUGGCCCAGCACACAGGGCAGCUGGUCAUGCAGAAUGGCUUUGCCGACAUCAUCACUGUGUUCCAGCAGAAGGUGGAGGACGUGGUGCUGCCCGAGAAGGUGGAUGUGCUGGUGUCCGAAUGGAUGGGGACCUGCCUGCUGACAAUGAAAGGCGAGCUGCACUUUGAGAUCAGGAAAGCCGGCACUCUGCAUGGAUUUACAGCCUGGUUCAGCGUCCGCUUUCAGAGCCUGGAGGAGGACGAGCCCCAGCUGGUGCUGAGCACAGGCCCGUUGCACCCCACCACCCACUGGAAGCAGGUGCUGUUCAUGAUGGACGAGCCUGUCUCCGUCCUCACGGGAGAUGUGGUCACAGGCUUGGUCGUGUUGCAGAGAAACCCCGUGUGGAGGAGGCACAUGUCUGUGGCGCUGAGCUGGUCUGUCACUUCCACACAAGACCCCACGUCGCAGAAAGGUGGAGAAAAAGUCUUUCCCAUCUGGAGAUGACAGUUGAAGCUCCGUGGGAAGCAGUGUGCAGAUACUGCAGGAGUGAACCCGAGUGAAUGAAGGCGCACUGGGAUGGGAGCCCACGUUCUCUCUGCCCGGCGGGCGGGAGCACCUGCGUCCGUGGGCUCGGCGCCGUGGUCUGGGUCGUCCUCUGAUGACUGCGCUGGGCUCGGCGGGAACUCCCUCACCACCAUCACUGCCUGUGUCCGUCCUCCAGAAGUAGGCUGUGUUUCCAGGUGUCCACAGUGGUGUGUCCACAGUGCUAGCCUGUGGUCAGUUGGUGGCACGGUGUCCCUAGCUAGGUCUAGUUCUAAACUCGUAGGACACACACGCAUCAACCAUGUACUCCUGUGAAAGUGACUGUUCACGUGUCAUGUGUCAUGGUGUCCUUGCUGUCCUGGUUCCUCCCUCGCCGUGCGGAAGCCAUGCGGGACCUGGAGCUGGCAGUGCAUGUGACGGGACUCUGCAUGGAUAGUACAGUUGUAGAGAUGUCUUCCAGAUAAAUUAUGUGUUGGCACAUAGCACAUGUCCAAUAAAUAUUUUUAAAUAAAUGAA